AUGAGUUUCGUUACUUAUAUUCUAUUUAUUCUUUCUCUUACAGUUUCCAGUUCCAUAGCAGGUGAUUUCACAUCCAUUACUCAAUCUCAUUUGAUCAUCCGUGAUGGAGAUACCAUCGUUUCACCUAAUAGAUUAUUUGAGCUUGCUUUCUUUAGUCUUAAGAAUCCAAACAAACGUUACCUCGGAAUUCAAUUCAAGAACAUUUCACCUCAAAAUGUUGUCUGGGUUGCAAAUGGUGGCCACCCAAUCAAUGACUCUUCUGCAGUUUUGAAGCUAAACAGUUCUGGCAGUUUGGUCCUUACUCACAACAACAAGGUUGUUUGGUCCACAAAUUCUUCCACAAAAGCGCAGAAAUCAAUGGCACAACUCUUAGAUACUGGUAAUCUUGUCAUAAAAGAUGAUAGUGGCGACGAAACCUAUCUGUGGCAAAGCUUUGACUACCCAUCUAACACAUUGUUGGCAGGUAUGAAGUUGGGAUGGGACUGUAAAAGAAAUUUGAAUAGGCGUCUCAUAGCAUGGAAGAGUGAUGAUGAUCCAACACCAGGAGACUUUUCUUGGGAGGUGGUAUUGAAUAAGUAUCCUGAUAUCUAUAUGAUGAAGGAAAAAAAAAAGCUCCACAGACUUGGACCGUGGAACGGCUUGCGUUUCAGUGGUAUGCCAGAGAUGAAGCCUAAUCCUGUUUUCAGUUACAAUUUUGUCUACAAUAACAAAGAGGUUUAUUACUCAUGGAACAGCAGCGAUAGAUCUCUAAUAUCAAAAGUGGUACUUAACCAAAGCAUUAACGGACGUCCUCGCUAUACAUGGUCAAAAGCCGACAAAUCAUGGAUGCUUCACUCAAAAAUGCCAGGUGACUAUUGUGACCGUUAUGGUCUAUGUGGAAACAAUGGAUAUUGCAGCAUUACUAAUUCACCAGUAUGUGAAUGUUUACGAGGGUUCAAGCCUAAAAUUCCUGAAAAAUGGAACUCAAUGGACUGGUCCGAUGGGUGUGUCAGAAAUCCUCCAUUGAACUGCAACAAUGAUGGAUUUGUCUCAAGGGAAGACUUGAAAGUUCCAGAUACUACAAAUACUAGCGUGGACGAGAGUAUUGGUCUAGAACAAUGUAAAGACAGAUGCUUGAAAAGCUGUUCCUGCAUGGCUUAUACAAAUACAAAUAUAAGUGGAGCAGGAAGUGGCUGUGUCAUGUGGUUUGGUGAUUUAAUUGAUAUCAAACUUUUUCCAAGAGGUGGACAAGUUCUAUAUAUCCGAAUGCCUGCUUCAGAACUAGUCAACAAUAAUACUGAGGAUGGGCACAGGAGGAACUUGAGAAAAAAAGUUGUAAUUAGUGUUUCUGCAGCUUUGGGAAUGUUUUUACUUGCUAUUUACUUUUCCUACAGAUUCAGGAGGGUCAUUGUUGGGAAGUCAAUGACAGAAGUUGACUAUGAAAGACAUAUGGACGAUCAGGAUCUCCCCUUGCUUCCUUUGUCGACAAUUAUUAUUGCUACCGACAACUUCUCAGAGAAGAACAAAAUCGGAGAAGGUGGUUUUGGACCUGUUUAUAUGGGAAAAUUAGGAAGUGGGCUAGAAAUUGCCGUAAAGAGGCUUUCACGGAGCUCAAAACAAGGGAUGAGAGAGUUCGUUAAUGAAGUAAAACUUAUUGCAAAUGUUCAACAUCGAAAUCUUGUAAAACUUAUCGGCUGUUGCAUUCAAAAACACGAAAAAUUGCUAGUUUAUGAAUACAUGGCUAAUGGUAGCCUAGACUACCUCAUCUUUGAUCGUACCAAAAGUCAACUGCUAGAUUGGCCAAAGCGUUUUGACAUAAUUUGUGGAAUUGCUAGAGGGCUUAUGUAUCUUCAUCGAGAUUCUCGACUGAGGAUUGUCCAUAGAGAUCUCAAAGCAAGUAAUGUUUUACUGGAUGAUACUAUGAAUCCAAAAAUAUCGGAUUUUGGAAUGGCUAGAACUUUCGGGGGAAACCAAAUUGAAGGAAACACAAAUAGAAUUGUUGGGACAUAUGGGUACAUGGCACCAGAGUACGCUAUUGAUGGACAAUUUUCUUCGAAAUCUGAUGUUUUCAGCUUUGGUGUUUUAAUAUUAGAGAUUAUAUGUGGGAAGAAAAACCGAGUGCUUAAACGUGCAAAGCAAACCCUUAACCUUGUUGCUUAUGCAUGGGCAUUCUGGAAAGACGGAAGAGCUUCGCAACUAAUUGACUCAAACAUAGAGAAUUCAUCCAUUGUGUCAGAAGUAUCGCGCUGCAUCCACGUAGGACUCUUAUGUGUGCAACAAUACCCGGAAGAUAGACCUACCAUGGCUGAUGUGAUUCUAAUGCUAGGGAGUGAAAUGGCAUUGGAUGAUCCUAAGGAGCCAAGUUUUAUCACAAGGAAGGAAUCUAUUGAAGCAAAUUCAAGCUCAAGUGGGAAAGAUAUAAGUUCAAACUAUGAAAUGACCAUAACUACUUUAAGUGUUCGGUGA